GAUCAAACUUCCCUCCCAUCAUCAUCAGCAGCAACAGCAGCAGCAGCAGCGUGCUGUGAGUAUAUGAGUGAGUGUGCAGUCAGAUCAUUGAACAAAUGCGAAGCGAGAACGACCUCCCCGGUCUACACCGGUUCAGUGUUUUUGGAGCCUAACCUGUGGGUCGGUGCACUGCUGUGAAAAGCAUGAAAACUGGGAUCCAGCCGCUCACAGGACGAGUGAGAAGAAGGUGCGCACCAACGAGCUGAACCCUCAGGGCUGCCAGUAGGGAACCAUGUGCAGCUCCCUGAGCCCCAAACAGCCCAGUGGCCCCGGCCUGACAGACAUGCAGCAGUACCAGCAGUGGCUUUCUAGUCGACAUGAAGCCAGCCUGCUGCCCAUGAAGGAAGACCUGGCGCUGUGGCUCACUAAUAUGCUCGGUCUGGAAAUCACUGCUGAGAGUUUCAUGGAUCGCUUAGACAAUGGCUUCCUGUUGUGCCAGCUGGCUGAGACACUACAGGAGAAGUUCAGGCAGAGUAAUGGAGACGUGCCUGUCCCUGGCAACGGCAAGCAGAGCAUUCCCUAUCGGAGGAUCCCGUGCCGACAGAGUGCUCCCUCUGGAUCUUUCUUUGCGCGCGACAACACAGCAAACUUCCUGGCCUGGUGUCGUGAGGUUGGAGUUGGAGAAACCUGUUUGUUUGAGUCAGAGGGUUUAGUUCUUCACAAGCAGCCACGAGAAGUGUGCCUCUGUCUUUUAGAGUUGGGUCGGAUAGCAUCAAGGUACAAUGUGGAGCCCCCUGGCCUUAUAAAGCUGGAGAAAGAGAUUGAGCAAGAAGAGAAGGCGCCGCUACCUCCUCCAUCACCUGUGUCCCCAACUCCGCCCGUCCUUGCGUCCCCCUCUUCAUCUCCUUCCCCGUCUCCCACCCCCUCCCCGACUCCUGCCAAAGCGACUUCUGCCAAAAAAAGUACAGGGAAGCAGUUGGACGAUGCUGUAAGACAUAUCGCUGAUGAUCCACCCUGCAGGUGUAUGAAUAAAUUCUGCGUCGAGAGACAGUCACAGGGUCGAUACCGUGUCGGGGAGAAGAUGCUCUUUAUUCGGAUGCUGCACAACAAGCACGUGAUGGUCCGAGUGGGCGGAGGCUGGGAGACCUUUGAGAGCUACCUGCUUAAACACGACCCGUGCCGCAUGCUCCAGAUCUCCCGAGUGGAGGGCAAGAUGUCCCCCAUCGGCGGCAAGUCCCCCAACAUCAAGGACCUCGCCCCCGACAGCUACCUGGUGGUGGCGGCGCACUACCGCAGCAAGAAGUGAGGACUGUUUCAACGUCCCGUUAGUUAGUGAAGAGGACACGGAGCGUGACUUUGUGCAGCGGUUAACUCCGUAGCUGAAUGAGGUGGAGGAUAUGGCUUCGUGACACAUCUAUGUAAAUAUCAGAGCUACAGCACAGCGGCAUUGAUGAAAAACACACUUGUGUGAUAAUAUCGCGGGUUAAAGGUCAUUCGUGGGUGUUUGUGAUUAGAUUAAGCCUGGACUCUGGAUAUGGCUUUUUUUUUGUUUUGUUUUACGACUUUUGCAAAAUUGUAAACUGCUUAGAAACUUGUGUUGAUCUUUACAAUAUCUAAUGGGCUGACUGGGUGCAAGAGAAGUUGUAGAUUUUCUUCUUUUUGAAUCUUUUAUUGUAUCUGAAGCAAUAUAUCCCUCAGUAGAGCGAGUGUUUUCGGUCUUUGACACGUUGUCACGGAGGCCUACGGUGCAUAUGUGUAUUUGUACUUGUCAGAAACAGCAAAGAGCAACUUUUUGGAUAGAAUUAGGUAAGUGGUGGGAAUUGUUGCACCUUUAGGACGCCAUCAAUCCUUGGCAACCUGAUAUGUGUUUCUUGGUUUGUUUGUGUGCUAGUAGAGAGGAAGUAGACCCUCUUCCCAUGUUUAAAUCUGAAACUAGACCGAUAACGUUAUUCUAAAUGCAUAAAUACAUUGGCUCGAGUAAAAGACAAACUUAAAACUCAUUUUAACUGGGAGAUUUGAAGGAAAAUUGAAGACCUAUCACAGAAAAUAACCAAAGUCUUACUGCAUAAAGAGUGUUAGGUAUUGUUGUACAAUCUAAGUCUAAAUCUCUAAAUCCCUCAGAGAACUGAACAUCUAUUAUAUAAUGUUUUGCUACGUCUUUUAAGGGCUCGCAGAAUGCAUCAGUGCUCACGUUGUUAAUACCUUGAAUAACUAUGCAAUACAUUUUUAUACUUUUAUAAUUUUAAUUGUAUUAUUCAUCUUUAGAAAAGCUCCUGUGUUAUAUAAUUUCUAAUGUAAGAACACAGACAAUCACUUGUACAAUUCAACCUCAUUGUUUUCUGAUUGAUGAGUAGACUCCAGUAGAUUUACCCGGUUGAGGUUCAGCCUGUUUGUUGUGCGGUACUGACCUCUAGAGGUAGUGAAAGUAACCUGUUUCUUGCCAUUUAGAGAUAUACUGUAAAUCACUGCAUUAUAAUUUAGUAAUUUGAUUAUUACUGAAAUAAAUUUAAUGUUGGUUUGGUAUCACUGGUUGAGCGAAUUAACAUAUAACCCUGUACGUGCAGUGCUGAGAUCACAUUUCUGUGUCGUUAGAUGUAAAAAUUUAAUAAAUUCUCAGAUUGUGUAACUUCACAA